CCGGACCUCUCUCCUCUCGACAUCGAAAAAUCGGGAGGCGCCAGCACAACCGUUUUGCGCGGCAUCACACCACAAUGCAGCCGCAAGCAAACCUCUCCGUCGAUGAAGUGCUCGCAUUCAGCGAUGUGGAACUUGUGGAGUACAUGAAGAACAACCGGCGCCCCGAUGGAGCCUUUAAAUUGGGGAACAUCGACGGCUGGGAACGCCUGCCCAGCGACCAGCGACACCAACUUGCCGAGAGACUCAGGUUCGGAGCGCAAAAAGCGAGCCCGGCCAUAACAUCGCGCCCUGUUGAUCUCGACGAAGUCGCUGCGCGCCUGCUUGAGAUCUCGGCCGAACGCGACAAAUCCACCCGGUCGCCACAAUCGCCGUCGCGCCGCGAAAGAUCUCCAACCGAGGUGGUUGACUUGGAUGCGCUAGAGAAGACGCUCGAAACUGAAGCUUACAACAAGCUGGUCGGAGAUGGCGGCCGGCCUGUAUACCCGAUCGAUCUUCUCGAUCAUGUUUCCCAGCACCCCGAAGCCUAUCGUGAAUUAUUGCGGCCUUGGCAAGGAGGUUGGCCAGACUUAGACCCACCGCGCUGGGAGAUGGUGUUCCAGAGACAGUGGGAGAGUUGGAAACACUUCCGCGAGUGGCAGGUGGACAACAGAGAGCUGUUCAAUGAGGAAGCCGAAUUUUCUGCGUUUGUUGAGGAGGCGAAAAAGCAGCGCGCAGAGGCCAAGAAUUGGUGGCCGGAGGAGACGCGAAAGGUCUUGGAGCGUCGCACCCACGAGUUGCUGAAAGCUGAAUAUCAAAAAUUGUCCAGCAAGACGGCUGUAGCGGAUGACGAUGAAGGAUUCUUGGCGUUUGUGGAGGAGAAGCGGCUGGAGAGGUUGAAGCAAGGGAUAGAGUCGGCUGCGAAAACGGAGGAUGAGUAUCUUCAGGUGCUCAGAACGCAGUUCAACGAGAAGCGGGCCCGCCGGCGCUGGUUAUAUUUCUACCCCCUGCGGGAGGACCGUGGCCAGGGCGGAUUUGCGGGGUACGUCGACGAAGCCCAGCGCCGACUCGCACGGCACGGCUUCCCCAGGACCUUCCACUUCGACGAAGAUCCGAAGCGACAAGACAGCCUAACCACCUGGAUCGAGUACGUCAACUACGAAUGCGCGUGGUAUGACGAGCAUGUCCGCGCCGUCGAGCGUCUGCGCCCGCGUCAUGAAGAGGCAUGGAAAGCGCUCGUCGACUCGGGCGUACUUCGUCCCGGCGAAACAGAAGAGUACUUGUUGACGGAUGAAUCUGCGCUUCAGCGUCAAACGGAGAGGGACCAGGCCGAGAUGGCAGUCAAAUCCGCAGAGGAGUUUGGCGAGGCGGCCUUGCGCGAGACGGCAAAAGCCAAGAUGGAUCCGCGGCGCUCUCGCUAUACCAAGGAAGAACGUACGCGGAGAUUGGCUGCCGCUCAUUCCAGACUGAUGGCGGCAAAAGCGUCGCUGAGGGCAACUACUAAGCGGACUGAUCUUAUUGCGGAUUUCAUCCGGGAGUCGCAAUUCUACCGGGAGAAGAAGCGGCACGUCCUGAGCCAUAGCCUCCUGUUGCAGUGGCUUCGGGAUCAGAUGCCUCUUGUUGAAGCUGAGCUUGUCGGAUCCAAAGAGGCCUCGAACAGCUCGGUUGCGGACCGUGAUGCCGAAGUCGGACGAGAGAGAGAGAGCGAAGUGGCUAGUGCGCGAAAGACGGCGAAGCGGAAGCGACUCAAUCAACCCAACAUGCUUCCAGGAGAUCCCAGCCUACCUGCGCGAGAGGAAGAGUCGUCGAAACGCGUUCGACAUGAUGACGCAAUGCAUGAUACACCGCCUUCUAAGCGCGUCAGGAAAAACACUGAAGGCUUGACUGUGCGUGGCGCGUCGUCAGUCGGAGAACCACUAGGGCCUGAGGAUAUUCCUGUCGCGAUUCAAGAUAAGCCAUGGCGAGCCGGGAGGAAGGCUUCUGUGUCUGGCAAGGGUCGUGUACCAGCAUCCCAAGGCAUCUCCCAACCCGAAGGCUUCCCUCAACAACUUCGCCGAAGCGCUCGAAUUGCAGCCCGCAACGACGCUGCCAAGCUCGCCACCGCGGCGCAGCCUGUGAAGAACACGGGUUCCAGGCCAAGCCGGAGGGUCGUCCAACCACCGACGCCUCCUUCAUCUGCGACGUCACGAGCCCCAGCUGCAAAGAAGUCAAAACCAAGGGCCGCUGCAAGCGGCGACCGACUGGGCAAGUCUAAGCCAGAGCGAACGUCCAGGAGGCGUAAACCUCGGUGAUGGCCACGUUGUUUUUGCAAUUUCCACCUUUCGUCUGCGAGUAAGGGCUGGCACCCUUCAGGGCGACCCUGGUUCGCAUUUUGUUUCCUCUAGCCACUGCCGCUAGCUGGUUUGAAAAUGGCUCACUCUACCGCGCUCUGCCCAGCCUCUCAAA